AGAAGGAGAUCGGCAGGAGAGAGGAAGAAGGAAGGAAGCUGCAGAAGAUGAAGGAGCUCCAGAACGAAGCUAAGGAAUUAAAAUAUACUGCCAGGAAAACGGUUCCCCCAUGAAUCCGUACCAAUCCCAGCAUAACAAUAUUUUCAUCUGUGGCUCUUUCUGAGAAGGACAUGAAGAUGCUGCCAGUGGACCUUGCUCCAGAAUGCAAAUGAAACCAGAAAUUAAGCAGUUGGUGGAAAAUUUAUUCUGGUGAGAAAAGAGAAAAACAAGGAGAGAGCGAGCAAGCAAGCGAGAGAACUGGAAAGUGAGAGUAACACCUGGAAGUGUGAGGCCAUUCCUACAGAAAAUGGCCGCCAAGCAAGGGAUGGUGGGAGAUUGGCCUCCCCAAGUGCAAGCUGCGUUGGAGCCGGGAGGGCAAAUAGCGGAGAGAGGUCUGCGAAGUCCCAAAGCAGAGGAAGCAUCAGAGAGCCAAAGAGAUUGUUUUCCUGCCAAUCUAAAUGGCGAUACCGAGGAAUUUCAAAAUGAACCGGCAUCCACACACAUUAAAGAAGAGGAAGGACCAGCCCAGCCGUGGGAAUCCCAGUGGCCAGAUUUCCCCAAGGAACAGCAGACCUUCUGUGCACGAUGGGGGGACCCACGUGUCACAGAAACAACCCCUUGGGGUCACAGUGAGACUUUGCCACCCCAUUUUCAGGGAGCAGCUAAAGCCGGCCACCGGCCAAGAAGAGAACGAGCCAACCAGCUCCUGCUGGGUCUCUGUAAAGAGAAUCAAGGGGUGGACAACAAGCUGUUAACCAGAGACGAAGCCGAAUGUAAGAAGCUUGAUCAGAAGAUGAUUCUGGACGAGGAGGAGGAGGAGGAGACGGUUGGCACGGAGACCCACCGGCAGAACUUCCGGGGCUUUCGCUACCUGGAGGCCGAGGGACCCCGGGAAGUUUGUAGCCGGCUGUGGUUCUUCUGCUACCAGUGGCUGAAGCCGGAAAGGCACUCCAAGGAGCAGAUCUUGGAGCUGCUGAUCCUGGAGCAGUUCAUGGCCGUCCUGCCCUCGGAGAUCCAGAACUGGGUGAAGGAACACAGCCCGGAGACUUGCACCCAAGCGGUCGCCCUGGCGGAGGACUUCCUAACGAGACAGGAAGAGCCCCCGAGGGUGGACUGUGAGGCCACAGAGAUUCCUGGAGCGCAGGAGGAGAGCGUUGGCUCUUUGUUGCCUUUACAGCAUAUGGAGAAAGUGGUGUCUGGGCUCUUGGCUGAGGUGGGCCUGUAUUCCUCCAAAGCAAAAGGAACAGCACCGGGUAGCUGCCAACAGGACAAGCAGAAGGGGCAGAGUGAUGCUUCUUCCAUGGCAGAUCCUGUGCCGAUGCAGGAGAAGGGAGCAGCUAUGCAUCCAGAAAGUUCAAAGAAGGAGGAAUCCCCGGAGAACGGCAUGGCAGACUUGGGUACCCGGCCAGACAUGGCAGAAAGUGACAAGACGCCCCCUUCUGGCUUGAAACCUCACAAGUGCUCCGAGUGUGGGAAAAGGUUCCACCAGAUUUCCCACCUUAACAGACACUUGAGAAUCCACACGGGAGAGAAACCGUACAAGUGCUUGGAUUGCGGGAAAAGUUUCACGCAAGGGUCCUGCCUGCUCGGUCACCAAAGGAUCCACACGGGCGAGAAAGCCUAUUCGUGCUCUUACUGCAGCAAAAGUUUCAUCUGGAGUUCCGGCCUGCACCAACAUGAAAAAAUCCACCUGGGAGAGAAACCUUACAAGUGUUUAGAGUGUGGGAAGAGUUUCCACCGGAGUUCAGCGCUCACUGACCACGUGAGGUCCCACACGGGAGAAAAACCGUACACUUGCUCCGAUUGUGGGAAAGGGUUCAGCCAGCAUUCCAACCUCAUUGUGCAUCGGAGGGUCCACACAGGAGAGAAACCGUACACGUGCUCGGUCUGCGGGAAAAGCUUCACUCGGACAGCGCUGCUUAUGGCCCACCUGAGAAUCCACACGGGAGAGAAACCGUACAAAUGGACCUCAUAUAUCUGUUCCGACUGUGGGAAGAGUCUCUCCAGCAUCUCUAGUCUCAUUAGCCACCAGAAAAGGAACCACUCGGGAGAGAAGCCCUAUAAAUGCUCUGAUUGUGGGAGGAGCUUUCACCAGAGCUCAGAUCUGGUUAAGCACGAGAGAAUUCACACAGGGGAGAAACCAUAUCAGUGCUCUGUGUGUGAGAAGCGGUUCAAUCAGCGGUCAUACCUUAUCGUACAUGAAAGAUUCCACACGGCCGAGAAGCCUUACAAAUGUUUCCUGUGUGGGAAAAGCUUCUGUUCCAAUGCCCAUCUCAUGACCCACCAAAGGACCCACACCGGAGAGAGGCCGUACCAGUGUCCAGACUGUGGUAAAAGGUUCACAACCAGUUCAAACUUUGUCAACCAUAAGAAAACUCACACGGAAGAAAAACCAUAUAAUUGUUCCCUCUGUGAGAAAAGUUUUAAGCGGAGCUCGAACCUGAUUCAGCACGAGAGGACUCACACGGGCGAGAAGCCCUAUAUGUGUCUGACUUGUGGGGAAAGCUUCGCUUCGAACUCUGGCCUUGUCAAACAUCAGCGGAGCCACACAGGGGAGAGACCUUACGAAUGCUCCUACUGUGGCAAAAGCUUCAGUCAGAGCAUGAUCCUGACCCAACACGAAAGGACCCACACGGGAGAAAAGCCGUGCAAAUGCCCGGCCUGUGGCAAAAGCUUCCGCUCUAGUUCAGACCUUGUCAAACACAAAAGGAUCCACACAGGGGAGAAGCCCUAUAAGUGUUCACUCUGUGGUAAAAGCUUCACCACCAGUUCGGACGUGGUGAAGCACGAAAGAACCCACACCGGCGAGAAGCCGUACAAGUGUGGCACCUGUGGGAAAAGCUUCAGCCAGAGCGCCCACCUCAUGCAACACCAGAGAAUCCACACAGGAGAAAAGCCGUACGUGUGCCUCGCCUGCGGGAGGUGCUUUACGUGCAGUGCUCACCUGGUGGUCCAUAAAAGAACCCAUAAAGAGGGGGAGGCCUUAAAAACGUAAAAAGUCGGGUUGGUGGGGUUGGGAGAGGGAACAUCCCAUGCAGAAAAAGAAAAUAAACCCUCGUAAAGUGUGUUUGAUGCAGCAACUAAACCCGAUCUUUCUAAGAACAUAAUUCGGACCCUGUCUAAGAGGGAGUAAAAUAACGGAAAAGGUUUGUAACUGAUCUCUUGUUUAUCAUGCAUGAAAUUUAAAACCCAAUGAGGAGAGAAACUGCAAUGAGAAUGAUCCAAGGAUGGCUCUGUCGCUGGCCGAGAAAAUCCAUGAUGGGCCUAACAAAGUUGCUAAAGAUCUGUGUUCUCGAAGGCUUUCACAGCCGGGAUCUGAUGGUGGUUGUAGGUUUUUCGGGCUGAAGAUGCCGGCCACAGAGACUGGCAAAACGUUAGGAAGAAAAACCUCCAGAACACGGCCAAACAGCCCGAAAAAUCCACGACAACCGUUUGUAAAGAUCUGGUCAUAGUGAAGGAGAUGUGAGGCCGAAAGUAACAUAUGGCACGGAAUUUGGGAUAUUGAAUUGAAAUUGCAGCUAUGGAUGCUGAGAGAAAUGGUUUUUCAUGCAAUCCUGUGUGUACUUUUUUGGUAAUAAAUAAAUGACUAUUUGUGUCCUUCA